CCUGGGGGGCGCACAGCCGCUCUCUUGAGUCACCCCCGCGAAGCCUUGGUGCGGAGACGUAGCCGGACGCAGUCCCUACCCACCGUCGUCUGUAGUGCUUGCAGCUCUUCUCCUUUAAGAUGCCUGAGGAAGUGCACCAUGGAGAGGAGGAGGUGGAGACUUUUGCCUUCCAGGCAGAAAUUGCCCAACUCAUGUCCCUCAUCAUCAAUACUUUCUAUUCUAACAAGGAAAUUUUCCUUCGGGAGUUAAUCAGUAAUGCUUCUGAUGCUUUGGACAAGAUUCGCUAUGAGAGCCUGACAGACCCUUCCAAGUUGGACAGCGGUAAAGAGCUGAAAAUUGACAUCAUCCCCAACCCCCAGGAAUGCACCCUGACUCUAGUGGACACAGGCAUUGGCAUGACCAAAGCCGAUCUCAUAAAUAAUUUGGGAACCAUUGCCAAGUCCGGAACUAAAGCAUUCAUGGAGGCUCUUCAGGCUGGUGCAGACAUCUCCAUGAUUGGACAGUUUGGCGUUGGCUUUUAUUCUGCCUACCUGGUGGCAGAGAAGGUGGUGGUUAUCACAAAGCACAAUGAUGAUGAGCAGUAUGCCUGGGAGUCCUCUGCUGGGGGCUCCUUCACUGUACGUGCAGACCAUGGUGAGCCCAUUGGCCGGGGUACUAAAGUGAUUCUCCAUCUUAAAGAAGACCAGACAGAGUAUUUAGAGGAGAGACGUGUCAAAGAAGUGGUGAAGAAGCAUUCGCAGUUCAUAGGUUAUCCCAUCACCCUUUAUUUGGAGAAGGAACGAGAGAAAGAAAUCAGUGAUGAUGAGGCAGAGGAGGAGAAAGGGGAGAAAGAAGAAGAAGAGAAAGAUGAUGAGGAGAAGCCCAAGAUUGAAGAUGUGGGCUCAGAUGAGGAGGAUGAUAGUGGGAAGGACAAGAAAAAGAAAACAAAGAAGAUUAAGGAGAAAUACAUAGACCAGGAAGAACUGAACAAGACCAAGCCCAUUUGGACCAGAAACCCUGAUGAUAUUACCCAGGAGGAAUAUGGAGAGUUUUACAAAAGUCUUACUAAUGACUGGGAAGACCACUUGGCAGUGACAAUCUCCAACAGGCUAGUGUCUUCACCCUGCUGCAUUGUGACUAGCACCUACGGCUGGACAGCCAACAUGGAGUGGAUCAUGAAAGCCCAGGCCCUUCGGGACAACUCUACGAUGGGCUAUAUGAUGGCCAAGAAGCACCUGGAGACCAACCCUGACCACCCCAUCGUGGAAACGCUGCGGCAGAAGGCCGAGGCGGACAAGAACGACAAGGCAGUCAAGGACCUGGUGGUGCUGCUGUUUGAAACGGCUCUGCUGUCUUCCGGCUUCUCACUCGAGGAUCCCCAGACUCACUCCAACCGCAUCUACCGCAUGAUCAAGCUAGGUCUGGGCAUUGAUGAAGAUGAAGUGACUGCAGAGGAACCCAGUGCUGCUGUUCCUGAUGAGAUCCCCCCCCUCGAGGGUGAUGAGGAUGCCUCUCGCAUGGAAGAAGUAGAUUAGUUCUACCUGCAGACCUUGUGCCCUCUGUAUAGUGUCCCCAUGGCUCCCCAGCAGCCCUGAGUGGCCCCGGUUCACCUGGUUCCCUCUGCUGAUGUCUAGUGGUUUUUUUCUCUCUUGGUCCUGUCUUUGAGGCAGGAAAGAAGGCCCUCAAGCCCUGUCCCUUCCGAUAUUUGACGGGGUUUGGAUGUGUAUUGUGGGGUUCUUUUUUGUUUAUUUUGUUCUGAGAUUAAAGUAUGCAAAAUAAAGAAGAUACAGUUUUAUACAG